AUGGACAUCACGCCAGUGUUCAAUGAGCUUCUGCGGAAACGCAACGCACCCAUCGUCACGGAGAAGAAGCUCAGCCUCGAAACGAUUGAUGGCUUCCUCAAAGAGGCGUACAGAAUAAACCACCAUAUAACGAGCCUCCACAACGAGCUCAAAGAUGUCCGACAGGCCUACCUCUCAACGGCGCAGCCGCGCAAGACGCACAUCCGACCGGGGAGUAAUGGAAGUCAGCCCCGCCACCUCACCGACCGCGACCGGGAAGAGGUGGACGCCAACGCGAAGCAGAUGCUGCGGGAGUUGAACGCCAGCAUCACGGCGCUCCGGGACGCCGAGGUGCUCCGCCGCGAGACCGAGACCGCCGUCAUCCGCAAGAAAUUCGUCCGGGGCCUGGGCGCGCUCGGCGCAUGGGCGGCCGGCGCCGCUGCGGGAGGCGGCGGCGGCGCAUUGAACGACAGCGGCAAGACGGCGGAGCACCUGGCGGCGGAGGCCAAGGCACGGACGAUCGAGCAGCACCGUGACGAGGUGAUCCAGUCGCUGAGGAGGGGCCUGCAACUGUGCGGGCGCACACAGCAGGACAUGAUGGAGGUGCGGCUGACGAGGGAGAUGGAGAAGAAUCGGAGCGUGCUGGCCAAGGCCGGGGGCGGCAGCGCGAUGCCGGAGCUCGGGGGGUUCUAUGAGUCGAUGAGCAAGAGCGCGGCGAAGGCUGGGCUGCCGCCGGAUGAGGGCAGCAGAUCGUACAGGCCGCAAGAGGAGCUCACUGAGGAGCAGAUCCAGAUGUUCGAAAAGGGGAACCAGGACAUGCUACAGCAUUACAACAGCACGUUGGACAAAGUCAGAACGGCGGAGAAGUCGCUGCUCGAGAUUGCGGAGCUGCAGACGCUGCUGGUGGGCAACCUGGCAACGCAGUCGGCGCACAUUGAGCAGCUCGUGGCGGACUCGGAGAACAUCACGCAGGACGUCGGGGGCGGGAACAAACAGCUCAAGAAGGCGGCCCAGCGGCCCAGUGCGGCGCGGUACACGUUCUUCGCGUCGGCGGGGCUGUGCGCGUUUCUGAUCCUCUGGGACUUGGUUAUAUAG